CAUAGGAACGAAGUUUAUUACUGGGAUGGGGAGGGGGAGAAGGGACUGUACAUUGGGAUCGUUUACAGGACUGCGAUCGUCCCAUCUGGGGGGGAAAGUGGCCCCGAUGGGGGUAGAAGUGACCCCGAUGGGUGACAGUAGACCCCAUUUUACUCCCUUGCCAGGGUACCCCAUAAACUUCCAUAGAGAGGGAUCGUCUCACCUGAACCGAUCUCCUGUUUGUUUUGAGUCUUCCUCCCCUCCUCCCCUCCCCCUCCUCCUCAGGAUUAUACAACAGGGAAGGUUCUCUUGCCAAAAAACUUUCUAAACAGAAAGGAUCGUAAUGUUCCAGGCUGGAGGAGAUGGUGGACUAUUGUGAACAUCGUGAUCGUGUUUAGAAAGAUCUACUUGGUGGACAAAAAGAACAAAAAAAAAGAAAAGGCGUUUUUUCGGGGUGAAGGCAAAACAAGGGCAGCAAACUGAGUGUGUGGAUUAAUCGGGACCCUCGUCCAGCUGUUAGCAUGAUGUCAUACCUCAAACAGCCCCCCUAUACCAUGAAUGGAUUGGGGCUCACGGGCUCAAUGGAUCUGCUGCACCCAUCUGUGGGGUACCCAGCCACCCCUCGGAAGCAGCGCCGGGAGCGCACAACGUUCACACGCUCCCAGUUGGACAUACUGGAGGCGCUGUUCGCCAAGACCAGAUACCCGGACAUCUUCAUGCGGGAGGAGGUGGCCCUGAAGAUCAACUUACCGGAGUCCCGCGUUCAGGUCUGGUUUAAGAACCGCCGAGCUAAGUGCCGGCAGCAGCAGCAACAGCAGAACAGCAGCGCGGGGGCCAAAAGCCGGCCGGCCAAGAAGAAGUGCAGCCCCGCCCGGGAGAGCUCAGGAUCGGAGAGCAGUGGGCAGUUCACCCCUCCCGCAGUGUCCAGCUCUGGCUCUUCCUCCUCCUCUUCAUCUUCCAGCUCCAACUCUUCCGGGAACCCCAGCCUAGGAGCAGCACUGAAUGGAAGUACUCCUAUAGCCUCCUCGAUCUGGAGCCCCGCCUCUAUCUCCCCAGGCACUGGCCCCGCCCCUGGCUCCGCGCCCGACCCACUAGGAACCGGAAGCGCCUCCUGCAUGCAGCGCUCCGGCUCUUCUUCUGCGGCUUCCUAUCCUAUGUCCUACAGUCAAGCUGCCGGGUAUACCCAGGGCUACCCUGCCCCAUCUUCCUCCUACUUUGGAGGAGUGGAUUGUAGUUCCUACCUGGCACCAAUGCACUCUCACCACCACCCCCAUCAGCUUAGUCCUAUGGCCCCAUCCUCCAUGUCCAGCCACCACCAUCAUCACCAUCACCUGGGCCAGUCCGCCAGCCACCACCAUCACCACCACCAUCACCAGGGCUAUGCCAGCACAGGACUACCAUUCAAUUCCUCUGACUGCCUGGACUACAAGGACCAGACAACCGCCUCCUCCUGGAAACUUAACUUUAACUCCACCGACUGUCUGGACUACAAAGAUCAGGCAUCCUGGAGGUUCCAGGUCUUGUGAGAUGAGGGCCAAGCACACCAGUCAUGGAAACCCUACACUACAGCAUGUACAUGGGAAGGAGCGCCCCUAGAGGUGUCGGAUGGUGUCGACAAAGAACUGGAGGCAAUAGUUGGAGUCUGAUGGAGGGACAGACCCCUUAGUGUCAGUUAACUUGUGCCUGGACACUCACAAAGUGAUUUAUUUAUUCGCUGUCUGAACCUGGGAUGUGGACUGUGGUUUCUACAGACAGUAUUGGAAUAAGUCCUUCCAUGGACCACUUCUACAUUUUUACUUUUAACCCAAAGCUCCACCAUCACACCUAAGUGUAUAUAGAUGGAAGGCACCCCAACCAACCCAUCUGCAUCAGAACCUGUACACAGUGCUCUGUCUCCCAAGGUACCUUCUAUGGGACUUGUAUCCUCUUGCUGCAUGUGGCAGCAGGAAUGUGUAAAUAUUAGGUCCGUUUCUAGGACCCACUUUAUUUUUAGUUUAAUUAUAUUGUUUCGAAUUAAUAUCACCUAACCCAAGCCCCUCCCCCUUUUUUUCUGGAGAAACCAAAUUCAUGAUAUGAGACUUGGGGGUUUGCAGAACAAGCCACUGCACCCUUCCCACCACAAAGAUCUAUUACAAAGAAAAUUUACACUAGAGACUUCCUGCCAAUUGGAUGAAUAUGUCGCACUGAAUUUUUUCCCCCCCCCCCCCCCCCCCCCAGCACCCACCCCUGAAAAAUAAGGCAUCUUUCCUGCUGCAGAGGAUGCUGGUACCCACACUGACAUGGAGGCAGCCAUACCAGAGCAGUUCACUAGGAAGUAGUGCAGAAAGUAUGGGAACCCCUCCUUUACUUUGUAGUGACCUGCCAGGCUGUUCCCAGCCACGCCUCCUCUGCAGCCUGUUCUCUGUGUACUGCACAUUGUAUCUAGUAGAUCACCCCAUUCUGUACCGCCUCUUUAGUUCAAUUGGCCUCACUAUUUAAUCGAUGUCUCCAUCCAGCACUUGCCUCAUUUGUGUCACUGAAGAUUCGGAUCUGUUUGUCCCUGUGUAAGUGGAAGAAAAAAAAAACAAAUGCUUGUAAACUGAAAAAAAAAAAAAAAAUAAUAAUAAAAAAAAUGGUAUUUCACAUCACCCCUACGUAUCUGCAUACCCCCUCUUCCCAUAAUAAUAAAACAUCAGACUAAUGGA